CCGGGCGGGGCGCGGUCGGAGGCGGGUGCGGUGGCACCGCUGGAGGCGAACGGGCACCGCGGACACACCGGGGCGGGCACCGCCGGGGGUGCCACCGGGAGCGCAGCGCCGGGACAGCCCGGGGAGCAGCGGAACGGCACUGCCGGGGCGGCACCGAGCCAGUGCCCGGUGCGCGAUGCGUGCGGGCGGGGAGGCGCCGCACCAGGUGCUGGGCCGGCUGCGGUUCCUGCUGCAGUGCAGCGAGUGCUUCCGCCGCGCCCAGGCGCUGCCCGCCGCGCUCUGCUACGUGCCGCGGGAGGUGCAGUACAAGAUCUGCAAGGACCCCGCCGCCGCCAGCGCCGCCGCCCGCAGCCUGCUCAGCGUGUGGGACAGCCCCGGGCCGGCGCGGGGCGGCAAGCGGGCGGCCCGGGCCACCAUCGAGGUGCGGAAGGGCGGCUGCCUCCGCGCCACCGGCGAGGAGUACUGCAACGGCGCCGGGCUCUGGGUCAAGCUCAGCAAGGAGCAGCUGGAGGCGUACACGAGCUGCCAUGACCUGGCUGAGGGCUGGAUCCUGGCACAGAGGUUUGGAGAGGGAGGAGACAAGUUGGUCCCGGUUGAGUCCAUGGAGAAGAUCCAGUGGCAGCACCAGACACUCGGGGUUGAUUAUAAACCUGCAGUCAGCUGGGAACAAGUGGUGGACCUGACAUACUCCCUGCGCCUGGGAGAGAAGCGCAGACUUGUAGAGCAGGACGAGGCUGCGAUGCAGAAGUUACGGUCCGUGCCCCCAGGCUGGAGCUACGAGCACGACAUGGAGCUGGGGCGGUUCCUGUAUGAUCACAGUGAGAGGAAGCUGCUGUGUGAGGACUGCAUCAAGGACCACCUCAUCAGUGUCGAGGUCUCCUCACAGGUGGAGGAAUUCAAUGCAGCCCAUCUGACCGACAACCAGACAGAGACCUUCUGGCAGAGCCAUGGCCUUCCAGGGCGGCACUGGGUGCGGCUCAACAUGAAGAAAGGCACCAUCAUUAAGAAGCUGUGGCUGAUGCUGGAUGGGCAGUUGACCUCCUUCAUGCCCAGGCAGGUUGCUGUGUAUGGUGGGGCACCAAACAGGCUGGAGCACCUGAGAACCGUCCUUAUUAGUGAGAACAGAUUCGAUGAUGUCUGCAUCCUCCGUGACAUGACUAUUCACCUCCCGGUGCUGGAGAUCCGCAUCCUGGAGUGCCAAGACCAAGGCUGCAACGUCCGCCUGCGAGGAAUUAAAAUCAGGUCCUUCUGGGAGUGGGACCUGAUCCUCAAUGCCGACAUGUUCCAGCCAGCCCGGCUGGUGCGCUACCCGCUCCUGGAAGGGGUGGAUGCUGACGUGUUGUACCGGCGGGCUGUGGUCAUUCAGAGGUUUGUCCAGCUCCUGGACAGUGUCCUGUGUUAUGUGAUCCCCUACCCGGAGGAGAGCUUCAGCACCUUCAAUGCAUUCAGGAGUGUGAAGCCAUUCCUGCUACUGUCCAAGCAGAGUCCAGCCCUCAUUGCCCACUGUCUUCAGUCCUCGGAGACCACCCCCCCUAACGUCCCUCCGAAGCUGUGCAUCAACCGGCACCUGGCCCGGGAGCACCGUGCCAACCCCGCGCUGGACCCCAGCUGCAGGAACACCGUGUUCACCCAGCUGUACGAAGGCCUCAGAUCUUCCAAGAACAAUCAGCUCCUGGACUACAGGUGGCCCCUGAGCUACAACCAGUGGUGGGAGUGUGAUUUUGUCACCGAGGGGAUCAUGGACAAUGGCGGUGGUUUUCGGGACAGCCUGUCAGACAUAUCAGAGGAGCUGUGUCCCAGCUUGGACAAUGUCCCUGUGCCCCUGCCCUUCUUCGUGCGCACAUCCAACCAGGGUAACAGCAGCAGCGACACCAGGGGCAUGUACGUCCCCAACCCCUCCUGCAAGGACUUCCCCAAAUACGAGUGGAUCGGGCAGCUGAUGGGAGCAGCCCUGAGGAGCAAGGAGCUUCUGGUUCUGUCUCUGCCAGCAUUGGUGUGGAAGCAGCUGGCAGGGGAGGAGGUCACCUGGAGCAAGGACUUUGCUGCCGUGGACUCGGAGCUGGUGAAGCUGCUAGAGGUGCUGGAGGGGUCGGACAGGGAAGCCUUUGAGUUCAUGUUCAGCAGAGAACUGACCUACACAACGGUGCUGAGCGACCAGCGCACAGUGGAGCUGAUCCCCAAUGGCAGCAGCACCGUGGUGCGCUACGAGGACCGCAAGGAGUUUAUCAGCCUGGUGCAGAGGGCUCGGCUGGAGGAGAGCAAGGAGCAGAUUGCAGCCAUACGUGCUGGGCUGCUCCAAGUGGUGCCACAGCCUGUACUAGACCUGCUCACCUGGCAGCAGCUGGAGAAGAAGAUCUGUGGGGACCCCGAGAUCACAGUGGCCGAACUGCGGAAGUUCAUCACGUUUGAGGACUUUCCCUCCAAUGACACCCGUGUCCAGACCUUCUUGGAGGCACUCAACAACUUCACCAGUGAGGAUCUCAGCUGCUUCCUCAAGUUCGUCACUGGCCGGAGCCGCCUCCCGGUUCAGAUCACUGUCUUCCCUGAAAAGACAAACUUGGAUGCAUUGGACCUGAUGCCACAGGCCUCCACAUGCUCCUGCACCUUCUUCUUGCCCAACUAUUCCUCGGCCAAAGUCUGCGAGGAGCUGCUGCGGUUUGCCGUGUACAACUGUGUGUCCAUCGACACCGACAAGAACCCCUGGGAUGAAUGAGAUCCCCAGGUGCCUCGUGCCAUGGGAGCUGCCCCCCCCAGGGCCCCUGGAUUCAAUAAAUCUGCAGGGCCGGAUCCUGCCAUCCUACCCCA